AUGGGCCGACACGCGAACAAGAAGCAGAAGGUCAUGAAGAACCCAAUGAUGAACAUGAUGAAUGCCAUGAUGGCCACCAACCCUAUGAUGGCCAACCCGAUGCUGGCCGCAAUGAUGAGUGGCAUGGGCAAUGCACACGGGUUUCCGAAUCCAGAUGACUCCAGCUCAGCUGAUGAGGCGCCGGCGCCUGAAGUUGCUCCUUCCAGCAGUGCUGCUCCAAUCGCUGCUCCUUCAAUAGCUGCUGCUUCUUCAGAUGCUGCUGCAGAGAGUCCAGUGGCAAAGAGCAAAGCAGCUGGAGUACCCGCAGCCACUUCUGCUGAGGAGGCUAUGCAAGCUGCAAUGAAUAUGCUGGAUCAAUCUCAGGCUUUGCUCUUCUCCAGGAAGGACAUCACCCGUGGUGCAGCAAUGAUUCGCACACUGCCGAAGGUGCGUUUGUCAGAAGUAUGCGAAGCCAUAGACAACAAGCUGGACCCAACGGCAACUUCGGAUCUGAGCCAGGCUGCUUUGGCCAAGCUGGUGUGGAUCCUGACAAGGGUCAAGCCUUGCACGCCAGUCUCACGUUUGCGUGUCAAGACCUAUGCCGCAAUGAAUGCUCGAUUUCGGAUACAGCACAACAAGAUCAAAGAGGCACAUGAGGCGAUGGAGCAGACAGUUGCUGCGUUGAGGCGGGAGCCCUUGCUUUCUGACGACUUUGUCAACGCAAUGGCAGCCAAUGAAGGUUUCAACGACGAGUGGAUGACAAUUUCUGAAACUCGCCCCAAGACGAACCCGAAGGCACCGCAUGUGCCGGAUCCCAAUCAGAUGCAGCUUCCGGACAUGCUUGCUGUUGUCCCCAAGCUUCCUCCUCAAGGCCCUCCUGCAAUGUCAAAGGCGGCUCCACCGCCAGCUGCUCGUGUUGCAAUUGGGAAGGCUCUUCCUGCAGUUCCGUUGGCGCCAUUGGCCACUGCAGGUGUGGCAGCUGCAGCUGCUGGUGCGCCCCCUCCGAAUGCGAUUCCGGUGCCAACACCUCCAGUGGCUGUGGCUGCUGAGAGUGCGCCCCCUCCGAAUGCGAUUCCGGUGCCAACACCUCCAGUGGGUGUGGCUGCUGAGAGUGCGUCCCCUCUGAAUGCGAUUCUGGUGCCAACACCUCCAGUGGCUGUGGCUGUUGAGAAUGGAGACCAGGCCAAUGGUGAUGGAAUGGUGGCGACAGCUGCAGCUGAAAGCCAUGUUGCUGCAAUGGCAAAUCAUGCUGUGGCAGAUGGAGAUGGUGCCAUGGAGGCUGUGAAUGCAGCGCUGUCCGGUGCAAGUGACAAUUCCAAGGUGUGUGUGAUUUGUUACCAGGCGUUGACAGCUAGCUGGAGCAAUGGAGAGCUGCUGGCCUUGACCUGUGGACAUGUCUUUCAUUCGAUGUGCUUGGAAAAGACUUGGACUAUCGGACAGCAUCCACGUGGCUGGUGCCCCUUCAGAUGCCCCGUGGUGCAUGAUGACCCGGACUUUGUGGAUCUUGGAAACAUGGAAGCGGCUGCUGGUUCAAUGGAUGAUGUGGCAGCUGCAGCAGCUGCUGCUGGUUCAAGGGAUGAUGUGGCAGCUGCAGCAGCUGCGGCUGAAGACAUGGUCUUGUGA